ACACAGAGAGAGAGAGAGAGAGAGAGAGAGACUCAGGACAACCCAAAACACGGACGCUUAGCAGACAACUAUCAAACAACGACGGCCUGACAGCCAUUUAAUCAACUAUUUAGCCCUCGGUUUUAUUUAAAAAAUGUGACCGGGUGAGAAGGACGGCUUGCUCGCGACUGUCAGAAACACAUGACAACUUCGGCGGUCGUGAGAGGCGCGCCAUGGCAUCUCAGCCGAGUAUAUACAGUGAAGAAAGGAACCGUCUUCGCCUCCGUGCGUGGGAACAGAGGAACCAAGAGACAAGCCAAGCCCCAGAACUCGCCUCUGAGAAUGUGCCACUCUUUGGGGUACCAUACAAGACAAAUAAAGGGGAUGAGCUCUCCAAUCGAAUCCAGAGGAUGCUUGGGAGUUAUGAAGAUGUGAAUAAUCCAUAUCCCUUCGCUAUUGAGCCUUUACCCAUUCCUUCUUGUGUAUCCUUCUCACAAUCGGAUCAGGGUCCACCAAACCCUGAUAAACCAACCAAGCCUCCAUUCCAUAAUCAAGUCCAUUACAUGUCUGCCCAAACUCAGAAAGCCCCAUCUGGUAACGGAUGCUCCUCUCAGCCCUUGAGGACGUCCGCUGCCUCUUCUUCUCCGAACCACUGCGGACAUUCAUCCUCUUUCAAUCAGCUCAGCCUAUCAGCACAUCAACAAAAGAGGAGUGAGGUGCUCUCAGAUCUCCGCGAGUGUGCCAGCCUUUCCCAUGCAAUCUCUCCCCAGUCUCCCGAUGCUAAGCCGCUACCCGUCCCGCAUUCCAGUGACAACGACGGCGAGGACACGAAGGAAAUGGAUGCUUCCACUUUUAAUCUGAAACAGUCCCCCAGCGACGUGUCUGUGCUCCAAGCGAACAAGGGUGCUGCCCUACCUUCACAGACCUUCCCUUCACUCCUGUUGUCCAAGCAGCCCAGCGUAGUCAUGACCCAGAAGCCAACGGCGUACGUGCGGCCCAUGGAUGGUCAGGACCAGGUGGUCAGCGAGUCCCCUGAGCUGAAGUCUUCACCAGAGCCUUAUGUACCUCUGUCUGAGUUAAUUAACAAAUCGGAUCUGUGCAGAACAAAGAUACUGUCACCAUUUUUGGAGGAAAAGUCAGAUGAAGUUCUAUGUGUCAAGGACAUCUUACGGGAAAUGAGCCACUCGUGGCCCCCUCUCCUGAUCACUCUACAUACUCCCAGCACAGACGAACCCUCCAAAUCCCUGCUUCAAGUCAAGGAAGAAGAGCAAGUCUCUUCAUGUCCAGUACAAAAAACCUGUGAGUCCUCUCCUGCAGAUUCAUCCCAGCUCGUCCAGCAGGGCUCCCCAGCUUCAUUUGAAGCUGCACAUUCCAGAGGUGUCGAGUUCAGCUCAAGCGAUUCAGAAAGUAGCUCAAGGUCGGAGUCGGAGAGCGAAGGCACCAUCGAGGAGCCUCCUCAACUCCCUGUGAGCAUCUCCAACGUCAAAACAGAGCCGGAUGCUCCAGCAGUGGCCCCGGUCGACUGGCAGUUGGGGAACUGGAUUCGAUCCAGCGCCAAGAGUCAAAGCGGAGCGCCUGCCUCUGAGAGCCCUGCUCACAGCCGGCCGCCGCCCUCUCAAAGUUCACAGCUCCCAGUCAGCGCAGAGGUCGUCGACCCAAACAGGGAGUCCAAACCUCAGCUUUCAACCCAGCAGAGAGAGUUUGCUGAUCGGCUCGUAAGGCUCCAGCAGCACAGCAAAAGCUCUCAGGACAACUAUAACCAUCAAAGUAGCCAACGUUUCAAUAGCUGUAGCAGUUCUAGGAAACCUUCAUUCAACAAGAACUCCUCUAUACCUGAGGCGGCAGCUUGCCCAGAUCGCAGUGCGGCGCCUCUUGUUGUGAAGUGUGAGGAAGUUGUCGCCACACAAGACAAAGACACCUGUUUCACAGAUAGACCCAAGGUCAAAACGAAAACAGGACGUAGCAAGAAAAGCAAGGAUAACAGUGACGCUAAAAGAGACGGGAAACGGACUUCUAAACACGUGUUGCUCGACAAGCGGAAGGCUGGAGAGGAGCCUGAAGGUGCAGUGGGCCUGUGUGGCCAUUGUCCAUCAUGUGGUGUGCAAUAUCCGAUCCCCUGCUCCUGCCCCCCCCAAAGUCGUGCUCGGCCUGACCAGCUGUUGCCGGCCCGACUACUUAAAAUCAGUGGUAGCAAAGACCCUGAGAGCGUCUGCAAAAGGGGGACCAAGACUCCUCUCAAAACAACCCGCAAGAGCUCUGAUAAGACCGGACAGACAGCCAAGAGUUCCCGGGAUUCCCACAGGCCGUCUAGAUCCCUGCUGGUGAAGAUUGACCUAAGACUGCUCUCAAGGGUCCCGCCGACCCCGAGCAACCACCUGGAGACACCCAGCAUUGCAAAGAGAUCAGUACGGGUCAUAGAGCAAGAUGGAGGCGCCAGGGAUGCUUCUGCCUCACACAAACUCGCCAAAACCAGCACAAAGAGCAGCUCUCAAAAUGUCGAAGUAGACAAUGCAUCUCUUCCAAGGAAGAAACAGAGGCUGGAAAACAAGAAUACCUCAUCAACUAAUGCUCCUCUCAAACCGGAGCGUUCCUGCCAUCCAAAAGAUGCCUCCGACCGAAAGAAGGCAAAGAAAGCCCCCGUUCCUCUCCUGCAGCCGCUGACACACAAGAGUCCUGCGAAAGGCCCAAAGAUGCACAAACGCAGUUCUGGUGAAACUCCGCAGACCAGUAAGGAGGCUGUGAAGAGCAAAGACCUGGACACGAAGCACAAGAAGAGCAGAGGAAAGCACACAGAACCCCCACAUUGUGUAAAGCAGAAGUCCCCCAAGCGCAACGUCUGCAUCCCGUCCUCUUCUUCACAGCCCACCGGGAAAGCUCUGAGCAGCCGGCCCCUGUUCAGAUCGGACCAGAGGCAGUAUCCAGUGAAGCAUUACAUAAAGGAAGCCAAAAAACUGAAGCACAAAGCCGAUGCAGAGUCAGAUAAGCUCAGUAAAGCUUUCAAUUACUUGGAUGCGGCCAUGUACUUCGUUGAAAGUGGCAUUGCCAUGGAAAAAGAUCCACACAUUUCAGUAUCUUCCUACACUAUGUUUGCAGAGACAGUGGAACUGCUCAAGUUUGUACUGAAACUUAAAAAUUCAGUGGACGCCUCUGCUUCUCCCUCAGAAAAGGACUUUUUAUCUUUGUGCUUGAAGUGCCAGUCUCUUCUGCAAAUGGCCAUGUUUCGUCACAAACAAAAAAGUGCACUCAAGUAUUCAAAGACCCUCACUGAUCACUUCAGCAACUCAACAACUCCCGAUCCAUCUGUAGUACCUUUCAAAGUGACCGUGACCCCGUCCUACACCCCUUACAUGCCGUCUCCAGCCACCACGUCCAGCAGCUCCAGCCACAGCGGGUUGGGCGUGGACCCCGUCGGCAGCACCGUGCUGAUCCCCCACGCCAUCGGACAGGUGGCGUUCAACUACGUCAACAUCACCGUGUUAUUCGUGAGCGCUCAUGACAUCUGGGAGCAGGCGGAGGAGCUGGCACUAACGGGCAGCGGUAUGCUGACCGAGCUGGACGCGGUCAUGGGCCCAUUGAGCCUCGCGUCCAGCAUGAGCUCCAUGGUGGCUUACGCGAGGCAGGCCGUCCACUGGCUGAGGCUGGACAGCCAGAAGGGGAAGUGACCCGCGGCCUGCUGUUGUCGUCACGGGAUACCGGACCUUUUUUUUUACUUUGCCUCAGUGUGUCGACAUGGACCGUCCCUCAGGCCUGUACCAGUUCUCUCUACUUCACAUGAACUCAUCUCACCGGAAAAAGAAAAAAAAAAAACUGAGAUGUCCCAUCAUGUGCUGGACACCACAUGAACAUUGCACUUGUUAUUUAUGUUUCCCCUCACGUCCACUUCGGCGCCUCUCACUUUCUCUCUUGCACUUUUAUGAGCAUAGUUUUCUUCUGCUGUAAUCGACAUCUUUCAUGUCUCGUUAGUUAGUGAUUGUAUUGGAAUCGUUUGUGAAUCACAACUCUAUAUUCAGGAGUGACCGUAGCUACACAUGGAUGGACGCGCAUGAAAUAUUACAGAGUGCCAUUCGGCGGCGCUAAAAUCCUGGCCUAACAUGUAUUGCUAGUUCUGAAACAAAUCUUAUUUAUUGUCAUACGGUUUGUUCAGUAAUACCAUUAAGCCACCAUACGCAUUAUUCAAAUGUAUCAUGAAUUUAAAUUCAUUUCUCCUAAAAAGAGAUUAAAUGUCGGCGCUCUCUGAAAGAUCCGUUUGAUUUCAAUUCAGGGAUUUUGUAUUCUUUAAAUUCAGCAUUUUAUUUCUCCAACAAUUACAUGGGGAUGCAUGAAGUCAUUUCUUUUAACAUUUGCACCCGUGACGAGUUCUAAUGUUGAGUCAAACAUGGGGAUAUUGGGCCAGAUGGCAUUCUACAGUUUUUAUAUUUUCAGUGAGCGAAACCAGUUAUUUAACGCAGCUCUGGAUGGAUCGGAACACGCCUCUUGUGCAAUAACACAUUUCAAUUUAAAAAGGGGCCAUACUGUUAAUCAAACAAUCGCCCUUCCAUAACUAAAAACGUAGGUUGAAUUAUGAAUAGUAUGUUGAGUGUUAACUCAUGACAAAGAUAAGAGUCCAGCCUGCGAGGUUCAGACUUGGACGAAGCCGUUGCGUAUCACAUGUAACUGUAGAAUCGGUGGCUGUCGUCUGGGUCGUAACCAAUGGCGAUCAGAAAUACCGGAGUCGCUUGUUGUUGUUGAUUUGACGUUUUGAAGCUCAGGAUCAGAAGUCGCUUGGCUUUCGUCUGACCAAAGCGGACUAUUUUAUUCUUUAGUCAUCGUUAGAAGUUGCACAUGUGCCCUCCAUCUAAUGAGUUAUACAAGCGCACACUUAAUAAACAUCUUAACUACUUGCAAGAACAAAACCAAAGGGGCAGGUGUGGUAUUUUUAACCCUGACUUUCCUUGGAUCUGGAGGUGGAUGGCGUUGAGUGUAGUGGGACCAGCAGUCUUUCAACAGAUGCCAAACUGGUGUUCCCCGUUUUUGUUUUCUGCACCAGGAAGCUGCUUCCCCCGGUUUUUCCACACUUUUGUUGAGUAGGAAAUGUUGAGUUGCGUUGACUGAAUCUGUGGGAGUAGAAUAAAAAAAGCCAAACAAUAGCUCUCUAAAGAAUGCACUUUGCUUUUUGGAGCAUUAUUGGAAAGAAUAAUAAUAAUAAUCACACCGAGUUCCAAAGACCAGCAGGACUGUGCUCGUCUCUUCUUUAGUAUCUUCCAUCCGAAGCAAUAACGCGUAGGUUUUGUUGGUUCUCAUUUUUCAGUGCAGUGUUGACGUUGUUAUUAGAGAUUGGAAAUAAUCAGUAAGAAAUCGUGAUGUGGGAAAAGAAGCUUUUCUAUUUGCUAAAGAAAAGGGCUAAACGCGGAUCGUGGCUUUAUUUUCUCACUUAAAUGAUAGUGAUUUUUUUUCAAGGAGCUAAAACACUUGUGCCAUUUGGGACUUGUAUGUACCCACCACCAUCAUCAUCCUCAUCAUCAGGCUUGUGUGCACUGCACACGAUGUCAUUUUGUUCAUAAAUAGGGCAACUUCAGCUGUUUCUUGUCUUUUGCAUCCUGUGGCUUUAUUUCCAUCAUCGUCCUCGAUUGUUGGUGCUUCAUUCAUGAAUUACUCUGCAAGUUUACACUUCUUGACAAAAAGUUAUUUACUGGAAAAAUGUUCAAAAACAUUUUUGAAGGAUGCUUUCUUCCCGUUGUGAAAUAUGUAAAGAAUUUGUGCAGCAGUGUACAUAGAUGAAUAAACACUGAAAAUAAA